AUGACCUCGUUACUUAAAAACUUGCUGACCACCAAUAACCAACCACACAGAUCGUCAAAUUCCAAGUCCAACAUGAACCGCACCCCUUCCUCCUCUUCCUCCGUACGGGAAGACGCCGCCGAGACGACUGCCGAUGAAGAAGACUCCGAGGAUUACUGCAAAGGUGGCUAUCAUCCCGUAACCGUCGGUGAGCAGUUUAAGGAUGGAAAAUACACAGUGGUGCGCAAGUUGGGAUGGGGGCAUUUUUCCACCGUGUGGCUCUCCAAAGAUAACGUCACCCAGAAGCACGUUGCAUUGAAGGUCGUACGGUCCGCAGCGCAUUACACAGAAACCGCCGUGGACGAAAUCAAGCUGCUCAACAAGAUCGUGGCAGCUAAGCCCGAUCAUCCAGGACGAAAACAUGUCGUCAGUCUGCUUGAUUCCUUCGAUCACAAGGGUCCCAACGGAACCCACGUUUGCAUGGUAUUUGAGGUGUUGGGUGAGAAUUUGUUGGGUCUGAUCAAGCGAUGGCAUCACCGGGGUAUUCCUAUGCCGCUUGUCAAGCAGAUCGCCAAGCAAGUCCUGAUGGGCUUGGACUAUUUACACCGAGAAUGCGGCAUCAUACAUACCGAUCUGAAGCCCGAAAACGUCCUGAUAGAAAUUGGGGAUGUGGAGCAAAUCGUCAAGACGUUUGUCAAGGAGGAAAAGAAAGAUGACAAGGAAGACCACCGGAAUGGACGGAGAAGAAGGCGGACCUUGAUUACUGGUAGUCAACCUUUACCAAGUCCUCUGAAUGCCAGCUUCAACCAGGCCGACUUGAUGAGAAUUCCUGGUAGUACACCAAGUUCUCAUACAAGUCUGAAUCAGAUAAUGCAAGAAGGUAAUGACUCCCCUAUUGAAGAUCCGUUUGCUACUCCUCCCUCUUUGGAUCCCGUCGUAAUGAGUGGUGCAAUAGGUGGCUCGAAAGAUGCAUUACCUAAGAAUGAUAAGGAAGAUGAAGAUAAGCAUAAGCAACGAGAAAGAACAGCGUAAGUCGGCUCAUCAUCUUUCCUUGUCAAAUGAAAACUCAUUUGUCAUAUAGAGAUAUCCUUACUCGAGAAGUCGGCGACAUUUCCCUCGACAAGUCCAGCGAGAAGAAAGCCGAAGAAGCCCUUGCGGGAGAUAUAAUAUCGGUGAAGAUUGCGGAUUUGGGUAACGCAUGUUGGACAAACCACCACUUCACAAAUGAUAUUCAAACUAGACAAUACAGAUCACCCGAGGUAAUUUUGGGUUCCAAAUGGGGAGCAAGUACCGAUGUUUGGAGUAUGGCUGCAAUGGUGAGCUCUUUUUCCCUCGUCUUGAAUCAUUUCUGUUAUUUACGUAAUUCUAGGUCUUCGAACUCAUAACCGGCGAUUACCUCUUCGACCCCCAAUCCGGCACCAAGUACGGCAAAGACGACGACCACAUCGCGCAAAUCAUUGAGCUCCUGGGCCCCUUCCCGAAAUCAUUAUGUCUCUCGGGUAAAUGGAGUCAGGAAAUCUUUAAUCGUAAAGGCGAACUGCGCAACAUUCACCGUCUGAGACACUGGGCUCUUCCGGAUGUCCUCAAGGAGAAAUAUCAUUUUAAGGAGGAUGAGGCGAAGAAGAUUGCCGAGUUCUUGAUUCCGCUCCUAGAGUUGACGCCCGAGAAGAGAGCAAAUGCUGGUGGGAUGGCGGGUAGUAAGUGGCUUGAGGAUACGCCAGGGAUGGAGGGGGUUAAGAUUCCUGGAUUGGAAGUUGGGAGUCGAGGGGAAGGAAUUGAGGGGUGGGCUACGGAGGUGAAGAGGAGAGGUUAGAUAUGGUGCGUUGGGAUAGAUGAUGGUUGGGGGGGGGAGGGGAGAAAUCAUGGAAGUGUUCUUCAUGAAAUAGUGUGGGAGUGAUGUUUCACUACGUUUUACGUGGGGUACUACGAAAUAUGGGUAUAGGAACCAAGGGGGUAUGAUGGAUGGGGGAUGGAAAUGACAGACACACAGGCAGAGAAAGCGGAAUUACCACUACCCUACACCUACCACCCUCUCGUUUCCCUUCUAUUUACCGCAAGCGGGACAAACCAAUGGAAAUUACGAGGUUCAAGCGAAAGUCAUAAAGUAAAAGAUGAUUUGUUCUUUUUUUCUUUGAUCUUGUUGAUUUGAGAUUUGAGAUUUGAGAUUUUUGAAUUUGAGAUGAUGAUUCAAUGAUGAGGCUCGGAUUCGGAUGAAUGGGGGGUAGGGCUUCCUUUUUUUAAAAGUUUCAAGGUUAACUUAUAUAUACUUACUUGACUUUGUUAUUGGCGUAAGUUUAGGGGGUGGGAGAAAGGGGGGAUCAAAUUAAUGAGUAUAUGAAUGAAU